AUGAAUUUUUACGCAACAAUCUUAUUUUUUAUUGUACUAUUUAGUACACUUUCCCAGGCGGACACGACUCCGUAUGACCCCAUCUUCCACGUUUUUGUCCCUCAACACUGGAUCAAUGACCCCAAUGGCCCCUAUCGAGACUCUCUUUCAGGUAAGAUCCACUUGUACAUGCAGUACAACCCCUUCGGAGCCGUUUGGGGGAAUAUGUCGUGGUAUCAUAUCACCUCGGAGGACUACGUCAAGUGGGAACGCCAAGAAGAUCCAUCCAUGACCAACGACCGCUGGUACGACUUGCGUGGCGCGUAUUCGGGCACUAUGAUCAACAACCUUUUGGGGGACCCCGUUGUUUUGUAUGCUUGCGUUGAGAACGCGGGCGCGGAGCUAAGCAAUCCGGACAUCCAACGUCUGUGUAUCGCGAAUCCGCCCAAAGCGGAUCUGAAGGGCAAACGCGCGCUGGGCAUCUUCGAGAAAAGUUCGAUCAACCCCGUUUUGGGCGAGGACGACGUUCCCGGGCUGGUCGACCUCAACAACUUUCGUGACCCGACAGAGUUGUGGGCCGAUCCGGCGCAUCCCAAUGAAUGGCUCCUUGCCGCCAUCGCACGUGUUAAAGAUGAUGAAGGCGACAACGCCCAUGUGGUCCUUUUCCGCACCGCCGACCCCACGUUCCAGAGCGGCUACCAGUUUUCCCACACCCUCUACACGUACCACCUUGAACCAAUGUUGGAGUGCCCUGACUUCUUUACGGUGGACAACACCAAUGGGUACUUUCUGAAGCUUACAACAAUGAAAGCGCGCCGUGAAUUUGUCGUCUACGGCAACUACCAGAUGGACAAAAAGAAGGACCAGUACGUUUACGUUGAGGACCCGGACCGCACCCCCACGUUCAUGGACUUUGGGCCUUACUAUGCGUCCAAGUCCUUCUACGACCCAAUCCUGAAGCGGCGCAUGAUCUGGGGCUGGGUUCCCGAGGAGAUCGAGGAAGAGCUGUAUCUGAAGGUUCAGGGAUGGGCCGGGGUGCAAGUUCUACGUGGAAUCGCCUACGAUGCGAAGCAGAAGCGUCUUAAGUAUCCGCCAAUUCCCGAAUUAAAAGCUCUGCGAAAGGCGCGCCUCCUCAACAAAACUCUGACGCUUUCGUCUGGCGGUGCCAGUACCGUUUUGAGUCCUUUUGAAGCAGGGACGAUGCAUCAGGAAAUUAUUGCAAAGUUCACUUUACCCGCAAACCUUUUUGACGAAACGAAGGUGUACACCAAGGAAAACGCCCCUGAGGUGGGUUUGCGCAUCCGCACUAACGCCGAUGGAUCGGAAUACACAACGGUGGCGCUGAAGAUGCCGGCGGCGACGCCUGAAUCAAAUGUUUGCCAUGAAUGCACCUACCCGAAAUCGCUGAACACCCUUUUUAAGACCUAUCUCAUCAAGAAGGACAAGGAAGCCGAGAUGAACUGCAGUAAGGAAUGCGCAAAGGAGCGCAACUGUGAGUCGUGGAUUCUACAGGAAACGGAAAAUAAGGAUAUCAUGCAGUGCACACUGCUCUGGGACUAUAGUUUGAAGGACCCCACCUCGAAUAAAGUUUCGUCCAGCGGUGUUGUUAAUGAGCCGAUUCUUUACCUGGAGCGUAAUAAGUCGGGUACCAUUGGCUACAACUUGCCACUCCACGGUCGUGCGCCGUUAGCAUCUAACACCGAGUUGGAGCUGCAUGUUUUUGUUGAUGGCAACAUCAUUGAGAUCUUUAAAGACGACGGUUUGCAGAUCAUCAGCGGCCGUGUGUACAUCUCCGAUGGAGUCGCUCACAGCGGUGUUGGAUUCUACACCCGCAACACAGGUGAUGCUCUUGUCAGUGCCAACAUUCAGGCGUUUUCAAUGGGCAGCAUGUGGAAGUAG